AUGCAAAUUGACAGGACUGGCAUAAUCUGCGACACUCUCAUUCAACCAUUCAGCUCUGUCCCAAGUCGAGCAGGGGAUCUUACAUCUCUUAUUAAUGCACCAUUAACUCGAAAACUGCCUAUAUCCUUCUAUGAGGAGAUAACGUUUCCCCACCUUGCUGAUUUUAUUGAAACAAAAAAUGAUGAAUGUGGAAGUAACCUAUCAAAACACAUUUCCCAUUUACUUACUGACAUAGUUGAAAAGCAAAAUUUAAAUGACACAUCAGAAGAUAUGUUGCACUGGGGAAUGGAUAAUAUUAUUAGAAUUCCACUUCAGAUUUUUCAUGAGAAUCUUGGCAGAGGAAUGCUUCCAAUUGAAAUGGAUCGGAAUAGUAAGGAUCAGGGAACAACAACUAUAGGUAAUAAAAGACCAGAUUUUCUAUGCUGGACAAACAAUGUACUUCUAUUUAAAGGCAAAGAGAAGGCUGAAUUUGUGGAUUUUUCAAAAGCUAAGGAUGAACUUGAAGAAAAAUUCAAUAAGUUUGAUCCUAUGUAUUUUGGAAAUAUACAGUUUAUGAUUUGUUAUGCCGCAGCAGGAACAAGGUUGCGUUUUUUUGCAAUUGAUGGAUCAUCAAACACAAAUCCACCAAGCCGUUUAGUUGCACUUUCAAAUCAAUUUGAUAUGAAUAAUCGCCGAGAUCGUGUUUCUAUCCUCUGUAUAGUGGUUAAUAUUGCACGCAUAAUGAGGACUGUAAGCAAUACUAUUCCUGAAAUGAUUGUUCCUCUUGGAAAACGGUUGAAAACUGAAAAAUCGAUGAUUACAAUUUUAAGUGACUCAGUAGAGAAAAGGGUCUCAGUGGAAUAUCUUCCAUUUGCUGAAAAUUUGGAUGAUCGUAUCAAUUUCUUAUCAGAAAUGUACAAAUAUGCAAAAGGUCAUCCAGGGCUUGUUCAAGUAAAAGAAGGCCCCAGCAUUAGUAGACAAGGAAUUUACAAAGUUGUGUUAGAAACACGAGGUCAUGUUUGUCAAUUGAGGAAUGAAGACGAAACAUGUGCAAUGUCACAGAGUGUGCUCAUUGGGCUAAACUGGUUACAUAAAGGAGGUUAUGUUCAUUAUGACAUCCGAUUAUCAAAUAUUCUCUUUAUUCCUGGUAAUGCAGAUUAUAAAUAUGUUCUUAUUGAUUUUGAACAUGCUAAUGUGGAUGGAUUAGUAACGUCUGAAUGGUUGAAGGAUUGGGACAAUAAAACACUCACAAAGAAUAAUAAGUAUACAGCACAAUCUGAUUUGUAUCAAUUUGGAAAGAUGCUUAGGAAUCUUAAUACAGUGAAUUCAAAAGCUGGAAAGAAAUUUUUAGACAGUUUGAGAGAUAAAAGCAUUAGUGUAGAAAAUGUACUUCAUGAUGAAUGGUUCAA